UCAGAUAUUUUUUCAGAACUAAAUAUGUCGUCAAAAUCAAACGUAUUAACUAUUGGAAACGACAACCGUGAAUCAUCAGAUAAAUUGCAGAAAACAAAUAACCCUAAAGCUUACUUUGAGAUUGACUUUGAUAAACAUAUGCAGAAAAUACUCCUCGACGGCGAAAAACCCCAAAAUGUCGAUGAAACACCCGUUGGGAGAUUUGCAGCUACUGAGAUAAUGAGAAACGGAAAACAGUAUUACGAGAUUCGGUCCUGAUAAUUUUAAAGAACGGGACAAUUAUAAGUGGUAGUUUCAUUUAGUCCUAAAGAUAUGCUUUUACGCGUCAAGAAUCGAAUUCAUAAAGAGCACUGGGUGAACGAAAACGUAAUUCAAUACCGAAAAGAUUCCAUGGUGCACAUACAGCAAAUUGUUUCCGAUGCUAUGAGAGAGGAAGAAAUUGAAAUCUACCAAUUUUUAAGUUAUCUUAACAAAACAAAAAGUUAA